AUGCCAGCAUCUCAAAGUCCAACCAAUGCCGCUGACCGGCCGCGCCUGACGGAAGCCCAAAAGAAGGAGAACCACAUCCGCUCAGAGCAGAAGCGACGCGAAGCAAUCAGAGAAGGCUUCGACCGCCUUGCCUCCAUAGUACCAGGCCUAGAGGGACAGGGACGAAGCGAGGCUGUUGUGCUAGGUGGCGCAAUCAAGCUCAUGCGCGAGAAGAUUAUGGAGCGGCAGCAAAUCAUAAACGAUGCAAAAGCAAAGGGAAUCGAUACAACGGGCUGGGAGCUAGACAAGGACACGAUGGAAGCGUGCGCAAGGCAAUUCGAGAGGACCAUGGCCGAGGAUCGCCAGGCAGGGAAUGGGGAUGAGAAUGGACUCGACAUAAAAAAGGAGUAG